AGUAAGAAGUCCGUAACCAGAAGACAAGUUCCGACAAAAUGAAAUGAAAUGAAUGUCCCUAUCUACUAUAAAAUCAUUGGGUAUUAUCCCGAAUUAUAUUCGAGGUGAGAAAUUGGAAAUUGAAGCACCAUUAUUAAUUGAGCAAAGGGUAAGAGUUAGAGAUAUACCAAAUAUAAAGGUUGUAGAAUACACGAGAUCAAUGAAUAAAAGGAUUUAUACAGACGGGUCGAGAGGACUCGAUGGAGUUGGUGCAGCGUUUGUAUAUUAUGUGGGUGAGAGACGAAAUUUUUGGCAGAACAAGAAACUUAAUGAGAAAUGUAGUAAUUUUCAGGCAGAGAUGCUGGCCAUAUCGAUGGCACUUGAUUGGAUAAAUAAUAGGCAAUACGGUAGUAAAAUAUGUAUUUGUACAGAUAGUCAAUCGGCGGUAUCAGCUUUGGCUGAUCAUAAUAGUAAACAUAAUUUAACGCAUAAAAUUUGGAGUCAAUAUAAAAGGAUUAUGGAUAGUGGUACUAGAAAUGAGGUCACCCUGGCAUGGGUGAAGGCACACGUAGGAACGAUGGGUAACGAGGAGGCGGAUAGACAAGCUAAGGCAAGUUGCUUAAUGGAUAUUAGAUCAGUAUAUAACAGGGUGCCGCUAGAUGUUUUGAAAACUGAAGUAAAGUCUAAAUAUAUUGCAGAGUGGCAGCAAAGAUGGCAGAUAGAAGAUAAGGGAAGGUGGACAUUCGGGUUUUUUCCGGAUAUAAGAAAUAGAUUAAAUAAUAAACAUUUUAGGCCAACACAUAGGAUAUCGGCUAUUGUAACAAAUCAUGGGGAUCUAAAUAAGUAUCUUAGAAAGUAUGGACAUGUAGAUUCGGCAAAUUGUGAGACAUGCGGUGUGGAAGAGGAUGCAGAACAUAUUAUAUAUCACUGUGUCCGCCUAGAGGAGCGCAGGCACACUCUCCGAUGUGCUUAUAGUAUUAAUGGUCAUCAAUGGCCGGCGUCACUGCGGGAAUUGGUGGAACAGAACAAUUUGUUUCAAUUGUUGACAGAAUUAACUAACUUGUUUUAUAAAUUAAGAAUAUAAAUUAUGUUUCGUGCUGACCAACACGCGAUUAAAACUGAUUAAAUUAAUCCUGUAUCGUGGAUGAAAUUAGAGGCACAUAAUAAUUAAAUAGAUGUAAAUUGAUAAUAAGAAAAUAAAUUAAUAUCUUUG